UCCCAGCCAAUAAGAUCGCGAGCAAGAAAACCCCUGUUCUCUGCCUUCUACGUCAGGUUACUCUCUUCCGGACUCUGCCUCUGCCCAUUUAUCAGUACCGGGAACUGUCACGAGCGCCUCCUUAGUCGACCGACCAAGAGAAAGCGCACUACUCUUGCACGCAGUUAGGCAAAAAUAAGGUCCAGAAUCAUGUCCAUCCUGAAGAUUCACGCUCGUGAAAUUUUUGACUCCCGUGGGAACCCCACUGUGGAGGUCGACCUGUACACCAAGAAGGGUCUGUUCAGGGCUGCGGUCCCUAGUGGUGCCUCCACUGGAAUCUAUGAAGCUCUGGAGCUGCGUGACAAUGACAAGACCCGCUACAUGGGCAAAGGGGUGAAAAGGGCCGUUAAAUAUAUUAAUGAGUUCUUGGCUCCAGCUUUGUGUAACCAGAAUGUCAGUGUCUUGGACCAGGAGAAGGUCGACAAGUUGAUGCUGGACAUGGACGCCACCGAGAACAAGUCUAAGUUUGGCGCCAACGCCAUCCUGGGUGUUUCCCUGGCUGUGUGCAAGGCUGGUGCCGCAGAGAAAGGCGUCCCCCUGUACCGUCACAUCGCUGACCUCGCUGGGAACCCCAACGUCAUCCUGCCCGUCCCCGCCUUCAACGUGAUCAACGGUGGUUCCCACGCUGGCAACAAGCUGGCCAUGCAGGAGUUCAUGAUCCUCCCCGUCGGCGCCAAGACCUUCAAGGAGGCCAUGCGCAUCGGAGCCGAGGUCUACCACAACCUGAAGAAUGUCAUCAAGAAGAAGUAUGGCCAGGACGCCACCAAUGUUGGAGAUGAGGGAGGCUUCGCCCCCAACAUCCUGGAGAACAAAGAAGCUCUGGAGCUGCUGAAAGAAGCCAUUGCCAACGCCGGCUACACCGACAAGAUUGUGAUCGGCAUGGACGUGGCCGCCUCCGAGUUCUACAAGGAUGGGAAGUACGACCUGGAUUUCAAAUCACCAGACGACCCCAGCCGCUACAUCACCCCCGACCAGCUGGGAGACCUCUACAAGAGCUUCGUCAAGGAUUACCCAGUGGUUUCCAUCGAGGAUCCCUUUGACCAGGACGACUGGGCGGCGUGGUCCAAGUUCACGGCCGAGACCAGCAUCCAGGUGGUGGGGGACGAUCUGACGGUCACCAACCCCAAGCGCAUCGCCAAGGGCGUGGCUGAGAAGGCCUGCAACUGCCUGCUGCUCAAGGUCAACCAGAUCGGCUCUGUCACCGAGUCUCUGCAGGCCUGCAAGAUGGCCCAGACCAACGGCUGGGGGGUGAUGGUCAGUCACCGCUCUGGGGAGACCGAGGACACCUUCAUCGCCGACUUGGUCGUCGGACUCUGCACUGGACAGAUUAAGACUGGGGCCCCAUGCAGGUCCGAGCGACUGGCUAAGUACAACCAGCUGCUCAGGAUUGAGGAGGAGCUUGGAGACAAGGCAGUCUUCGCCGGACAGAACUUCAGGCACCCAAUAUAAGGAGGUCCAACUGUUCCUUGGGCCUAAGUGUUUUCAUCCUGCAUAAAUACAGUUAAAACAGCCCCGCACACACACAAAGCCGCGCUAGGUCGCAACACCCUGCUUUGACCAGAAGUAGAAGGAUGGAACAGCAUUGAAACGAAACCCAAGGUCCAAGUGUGUGGCUCUUUGAGCAAGUUAGGAAACCUUAAUCUAACCUUUUCUGCACUGACCAAUAGUGCCCCACUAACCCCCCGUCCUCUGCUUCUGGCUCCGGAAUAAUACUGGUCCCUGUUUGUGUCAGUGUCACAUUUAUCGUACGAACAUAAGAUAGCAGUUUUUUUCCGCUACUCGUGAGUGUUAGUGAUUCUCAGUUGUCUCCUAUGUGUUUAUUGUAGUGAAGAGCUACUGUAACUUUAGCUCUGUGCUGUUACUGAAGAGGACAGACGAGUAUGUGCAAUGUGUUGUCUCUGAGCGGAGUGUUUCUAGUGUUGCUACUGUAAAGCGUCGGCAGAAUGACAAGAAAUAAACCUUUACAUCGGACAGAC